CCGAAUAGAUCGUUCAUUUGAAGUCGAACCGAGUACUCAGUUGGACGUGUGUUCUCAUCGUGUCUCGUGUACCGAAAGUGUAUGUGUGAAUUCAGAUCUGUCAAGCAAGAAACUAGUGGAUUCUCCAAAAAUAUUGCAUCAUAAGUCCAAAAACGUGAUCUUCCUAAUUCGUGAGUUUUAACUCCACGGAAUAUCUUAUAGUGCUGAGAAUAUGUUGAAAGCAGCUAAAUUUUUAUCCCGCACCCUAACGGAGAACCGUGGAUUGUUGCAAAAUGGCGGAAUCCUCGGUAACAGCUUGCAGGCUCGAUUCAAAUCCGACACCGUCAAGGGUGCCGUUAUCGGAAUCGAUCUGGGUACGACAAACUCCUGCGUCGCCGUGAUGGAAGGCAAACAGGCCAAAGUUAUCGAGAAUGCCGAAGGUUCCCGCACCACCCCUUCGCAUGUGGCCUUCACCAAGGACGGUGAACGGUUGGUUGGUAUGCCAGCUAAACGGCAAGCUGUCACAAAUUCGGCCAACACAUUUUACGCAACCAAGCGUUUGAUCGGUAGACGUUUCGACGAUCCGGAGAUCAAGAAGGACAUGAAAAAUCUGUCGUACAAGGUAGUGAAGGCUUCCAACGGAGAUGCCUGGGUUCAGGCAACCGACGGUAAGGUCUAUUCACCCAGCCAGAUCGGAGCGUUCGUACUGGUAAAAAUGAAGGAAACGGCUGAAGCUUAUUUGAAUACAAACGUUAAAAAUGCCGUUGUUACGGUCCCAGCGUACUUCAACGACUCCCAGCGACAGGCAACUAAGGAUGCUGGACAAAUAGCUGGUUUGAAUGUGCUUCGCGUCAUCAACGAACCGACUGCUGCUGCUCUAGCGUAUGGUAUGGAUAAAAGUGAAGACAAAAUCAUUGCCGUGUAUGAUCUUGGCGGUGGUACUUUUGAUAUUUCGAUCCUGGAAAUUCAAAAGGGUGUAUUCGAGGUGAAGUCUACCAAUGGUGAUACUCUGCUAGGCGGUGAGGAUUUUGAUAACUACAUUGUCAAUUAUCUGGUGGGAGAAUUCAAAAAGGAUCAAGGAAUUGACAUCACCAAGGAUCCAAUGGCUAUGCAACGGUUGAAGGAAGCCGCCGAAAAGGCGAAAUGCGAGCUUUCGUCAUCUGUCCAAACCGAUAUCAAUCUACCGUACAUCACAAUGGAUGCUUCAGGACCGAAACAUUUGAAUCUGAAGUUUACUCGUGCUAAGUUGGAACAGUUGGUCGGCGAACUGAUCAAGCGUACGAUUGCCCCGUGUCAAAAAGCUUUGUCUGAUGCAGAAGUUUCCAAAUCGGACAUUGGAGAAGUGUUGCUGGUCGGAGGUAUGACCCGUAUGCCGAAAGUUCAACAGACUGUGCAGGAAAUCUUUGGUCGCACACCAUCCCGAGCUGUGAACCCUGAUGAGGCUGUCGCUGUUGGUGCAGCUGUUCAAGGUGGUGUUCUCGCAGGCGAUGUCACCGAUGUGCUGCUACUUGACGUCACUCCCCUGUCGCUUGGUAUCGAAACGUUGGGCGGUGUGUUUACCCGCUUGAUUACUCGUAACACCACAAUUCCGACCAAGAAGUCACAGGUCUUUUCCACCGCCGCCGAUGGUCAAACUCAGGUCGAAAUUAAAGUCCAUCAGGGUGAACGUGAAAUGGCCUCGGACAAUAAAAUGCUUGGCUCGUUCACAUUGGUCGGAAUUCCACCGGCGCCCCGUGGAGUACCACAGAUUGAGGUAGUGUUUGACAUCGAUGCCAACGGUAUUGUGCAUGUUUCAGCCAGGGACAAGGGAACCGGAAAGGAACAGCAAAUUGUGAUCCAAUCUUCCGGUGGCCUGAGCAAAGACGAAAUUGAAAACAUGAUUAAGAACGCCGAACAGUAUGCCGCCACCGACAAGCAGAAGAAAGAGCGUAUCGAAGCGGUCAAUCAGGCCGAAGGCAUAGUGCACGACACCGAAUCGAAAAUGGAAGAAUUCAAAGAUCAACUACCAAAAGAAGAGUGCGACAAAUUACGUGAAGAAAUCACCAAGGUGCGGGAAAUCUUGGCCAACAAGGACGAGGCAGAUCCAGAGGAAAUCCGAAAAACUGUCAGUGCUCUUCAGCAGUCCUCGCUGAAACUAUUCGAAAUGGCUUACAAAAAGAUGGCUUCCGAGCGCGAAAGCAGCGGUAGCAGUGGUAGCAGUUCCGACAGCUCUAGCACCAGCAGCAGCAGUAGCGAAGAAGCAGAGAAGAAGGAGAACAAAAACUAAACUCGAGCAAACAACACAAAACAAAACAUCCUGUAAAAAUAGUUGUAGCUACUAUAAUAGAAUUAGCUAAAAUUGAUCGAACAUUACUGCGGAACAGCACGAACACACAAUUUAUUUAGUAUCCUAGUUUUACCAGUUGAUCGCAAGUAUCUUGCUCAUUUCUGAAGGAUUUUGUUAAGUAUGAAACAUCAAUACUAUCGUGUAGCUACUGCAGUUAAGAGUUUGGAAAUUGCGUGUAAGAAUUUUGCAAAUGUCAAUUUCAUUCCUGCAGGAUCACGGGGAUUUUGGAUCAUAUUCACUAUCAAGAAUGUUUUUCUCUGGAAUCUAAUUCUUCGGACAUUUUUUUACAAUGUGCGAAUGUCCAGAUUUGGGAAUGAAUGAAUUUCACUACUUGAGAGAAUCUUUAAAAAAUGUACUAUCUAUUUAACGAAACUAAAACAUUCGCAAAUCACAGUUAUGUAUCGUUUUGGUCCUAUUUCCCAGCCUUUGCUUAAAGUGGUUAGAAGGAAAAGACAUUUUGCAAUAGAAAAUGACGGUCUGGUAGGUAAGAGACAUUAUCGAAUAAUGCUGCUAUUACGUUUCGCCUCUGAAAAACCAAUGAUUAUGUAGUUGAACGAAUUUACUCGUUUGAAAGGUGACUGGCAUGGACCUUUGUGUAGAUCACCAUAUUGCAAUAAAGUAAGGUUAUUCUGUGAACUGUAA